AGUACUACAAGAUCUUCCAACUAUUCCAAUUCAGAUAUUAUUAUUACAAGAGAAUAUGGAUAUGAUCAAAGUUGGCCCAGUGGGAAAAUGUGGUAGACACAUUUGGGACGAAAAGGGAAGUGACCAAAUUGCUGGAAUUUUUAUUUCCUACGGCGAAGACAUAGUUUUUUCACUUCAGUUCAUGUUCUACGACAAUGGCGACUUAAUUAUCUCUGAAAAACAUGGUAGAAGAUCAUAUAACCAGCGCGAAGAUUACUGUGCAGUUAUCUUGGAUUAUCCGUCAGAAUUUCUUACUUCGAUAAGUGGUUCCUUCGAAAAAAUGAAUAAAAAGCGUACAGCUUUGAGUUCAAUUAAAUUUGGCACAAACAAAGGUUCUUAUGGACCAUUUGGUACACCUUCUACUGAAAAUAUGGAUAAGACUGAUUUCUUCAACUUUCAGAUAGGAAAUUAUCGUCUUUUUGGUGGUUUUUAUGGAAGUCAGAAUGAAGAUAGUAUUGAGAGUAUUGGUUUCUAUGUCAAAGCCAUCCCAUCCUCCAUUAUCAAUUUGAAAGAUUCUACAGUGAAUGUUAAAAAGGAAAAAGAUGAAGAAGAAUAACUAUGCUAUAGUUCGUAUUGUUUACUAAUUUGGUUUUACGUUUACGUAAUAGAGCAUCUGAUUGGUGUUUGGUUAUUAUGUACGCUUUAUUUCCUAUAUCCAGUUUUGUUAUUACAAAGAAAAAAAAAAGGAGUAAUGUACGAUGUCUUUUAUCACAAUUUAUUCCA